AUGACGUUCCUUCGGCGUAAAUCAUCGUCCAAGACCCGUCCUGAACCUUCAGGAUCGCCCGUCGAACUUACCCUACCCGGUAAGUGGUCUCCCUUCUGACGUGUGCGGCCGAGCCUUUGUGGGCCGCCGUGACACGGAUCCUCCCCCUCGUUCGCCGAGGUUCAUUUGCAGUCGAUCGCGCGCCGGGACCCCUUUAGAGCCUGCUUUGCUCUUUACCGUCUCGCCGAUCCUUGAUCAUCCCAAUCUCCAUCGAGCUGACGUUUCGAUGUCAACCUCAAAUAGUGAUCGAGCCCUCACUUCCCAAUGGAGGCAUCUUCUCCGGAACAGCACUUCUCGGAGCUGUAGCAGGAGGCGCAGGUCCCACCUCGGUGAUGUCGUCGGUGGGCAAACCCGUCUCACCGACGUCGAAAGAAGACGCUUCUUCCGAACCUUCCAGUCCCCCCGUUCCCGUAAGGAAGGUCUCGAUGGUCCCUAUUCCCCGUCCGAUCAGUACCUAUUCGAGGACCAAGUCGUACAACCGGAAAGACGAACCACCCCCACUUCCGAUCUCGGGAACCGAAGCGAAGUCUCUCGCCAAUGGUGAAUCUCCCACAAAGACGACGAUGACACGAUCUAGUUCCUAUCCUCAAAACGUCGCAAGGGGAUCGGCCACGCGCCAAUCGAUCGCGUCCUUGUACCCCUCUCCGAAUAUCGGCGUCGAUUUUGACUCCUUUAGUCUGCUCCAAACACCCCAAGCGCUCGCCAAUGGUCUCGGGCCGAGCGGCGGCGGCGGCGGCGGUGGGUUCGUUGCACCUAAUCGUUCACGUGUGACCAAAAGUUCGAGCACGCCGAAUUUCGUUCGAAGGAGUCAUCGCGUCGCACCACCUUUGAACCUGAUCGUCGUAGGUGCCAAAUCAACGGGCAAGACGGGUUGGAUUCGUACAUUCUUGGGCAACCUCGAAUUGGGUUCCGAUGCGCCAAAGAGUCGCGAGUCGAUUAGGAAUUUCGGAAUCGGUGAUCCGUCAUCUCGAAGGGGUGCAAAGAGGAAAGGAAAGAUCGUUCCGACGUGGCAAACGCAAACGAUCUCGAUCGAAGUGAUCGGUCCUCACAAUGAAAAGAUCGCUUUAACCUGCGUCGAUACGGUCGCUCUGGAUCGAUCGGAUGAGGAAGAUGGGGUGAAGGGGAUGUCACCCCUUUCGAGAGGUUGGAGUGCCUUGGAUGAGAUGAAGGUAGAGAGGCAGUUGGGGAAGAUUCUGAGGAUCGUCGAAGAGAGGUUCGAUGAAACGCUCAAGGCGUGAGUGCGGCUCGAGAGAAAGUGAUCUGGAGUUUAAAAUCAGAAGAGACUCAUUGUUGCUCAAAUGCGCUGAUUCUCAUAGGGAAAGUCAAGUCGUUCGACCCUCGGCAAGAUCGCCGGAUUCACACUUUCAUCUGUGCCUCUAUUUCAUCCACCCUGACUCGGUCCGACCUCAAAUCAGGGCGAAUGGUCAUUCGACAGCUACCUCGGAAGAAGCAAAGCGAGGCGCUGCCAUGAAUGGGCAGGAGCAGAACGGGUUCCCCGCCGAGGAUGAUGAGUACGAUGAUGAGAUGGGGAUGACGGAGACGGACCUCAAGUGCAUCAAGAAGCUUUCGCAGCGCGUGCAUGUCCUUCCCGUAUGUUCUUCCUCUCUUGCCUACUUGCGCGCUGUCAAAGGGGAAAACUGAACUUUACACUUUGCGCCUGUUCGUAGAUCAUCGCUCGAGCGGACGAACUGACGGUUCGCCGACUUGAGGAAGUCAAGGAAGCUGUACGACGCGAUUUGACUCGAUCGGGUGUUUCGUUCGGCGCUUUUUCGUCGGCUAGCGCUUUGUCCGUUGAUGAGGAUGAUGAAGAGAAUGAGAACGACGAGGAGACGGAUGACGAGGGAGAGUCUACGCCACCGAAUACCAGAACUCGACGUGGAUCUUCCAAGACCGAAGGGGCGGCGGAUGCGAGCAAAGUCGAGGAAAACGAAGCGCCGGUCAAGGUCAUCCGCAUUGCCCGAGGAAGGUUAUCGACUCUCCCGCCCUCGAGGAGGAGGACGAGUGCCGCUGCCGAAGCUGCGGAAUUCGAAGAACCGAUCGAGACGCCAACCUUUGAUGAUUUCUUACCUUUCGCUGUGGUCGCCCCUGAGGAAGCUACGGGGGGUAAGAAGGAUCCCUCACGAAAUGAGGGCGACGACGAUCUCACGGAGGAGACCUACGAACGUUGUUUCAAAUACGGCUCCCUCAACGUCCUCGAUCCGUCGCAUUGCGACUUCACUCCCUUGAAGGAAGCCAUCUUUAUCAAGAUGAAGACGUUAAAGGAAACGACGAGGUUGGACAAGUAUGAACCGUUCAGGACCGAGAGGCUGCUGGAGACGAGGAAGACGAAUAAACUUGUUGCUGGCGGGGGACGGGGACGGGCCGUGAAUGGGGCGUUGAGUGCGAGGCAGACUUUGACGAAGGAUUUGUUGAGGGAGGUGGAGCAGAUUUAG